GGUAGUUAUGUGAGCACGUUAUUGAACUGAUGGCAGAAACUUGCUCUAGAAUGAUUUUGUCACAAUAUUUCUUCCCUCAAAAAUAUUUUUUUGCAGCCAUGUUUCUCCAUCAGUAUUUUUUUUAGUUGUUCUAAUAGUUCAUCUUUUCUAAACUGACAGCAGUUCAAACAAGUACAUGGUCUUUUUUUGUCAUAUUGUUGUUUUUGCUAAGGGUCAAAUAUCAGAAUUCGAGUUUACUGUCUGCAUAUAUAUUCUGUUGUCCAAUCGGUGCUUUAUGUUAGUGAGGAAUUAUUGUCUAGGUUAUCAUUGUUUCUUAAUUUCUUUGUAUUUUUUCUUUUUUGCCACAAUGAAGGAACUGGAAUUUGAAUGUGUUCCGACGUCCCUAAUGGAGGAAGUGCUCAGCUUUCUAAAUGUAAGCACAUACUUUUGUUUGUGAGGAGGAACUUGGUGCAUACGUCCAAGGCUACCCUGGCCCCCAUGACCCAGCAAACCUGCUGGAGUGGGUGAGCCAGGCUUCAAGCCCAGCCAGUGACCAUCAAGGGAUUUUCCUCAGAAUACUUUACGGGGGUUUUCCUUUUCUUUUUCCUCCCCUUUUGGCAGUCUCUUGACUUUGAUCUUUUUGCAGGACGCUAGAGAGGAUCUCAGGAGUGCAAUGGCAAAGGAUCUUGUGUCUAUUAAGAAUGAGAGCAUGAAAAUUGAUGAAGUUCAUGAUUCUCAGAGGGUUUCAAAUUCUGGUCUGCCUCAUGAAAUGUUGGAUUUCCAGAAAAAGAUUACCUUGACUAAGAAUGAAACAGAGGACAAGGACCAUGCUACACAUUCAAGUAAUAAUAAUGCACAUAAGCAACUUUUAGGUAUAUUCCCCUUUUCUUUCAGCCUCCUAGAGUAAUCUCCUCAUCCUUUUCUUUUAUUUGUUAUUUUCAGCUCAUGGUGUUGCAGUUUGUUUUUGUGGCCACCCGCUCUGGUUUCUGUUCUUCCUUUAAUAACAAAAUCACUCACGAACCUUUUUCCCCGUUCUGUAAUAAAAUAGUUUUUGGCGCCUUCACAUCUCAUUGCUCUUCCCCUUCUUAAUAUUAUGUUUCCCAUACAGUUAAAUAUCAUUCCCACCACGAAAAUGCUGGGGAUUCAUAUUUUAUCAUUCAUUUAUCUUAUUUUGAACUUCCUUCUUUCUGCAACGAUAUAAUGAGUACCAUAUAGAAAUAUUCUAUUAUUAAUAUCAAUGUUCAUUGCAGCAAUGGAGAAGGAAGCUGAGCUUCUUCAGAAUGCAUUCCAAUCGAAAAGAUUGGCUAUCGAGAAAACAAAAGAGAGAUACCAAGAAAUUAUACUUGUGGCUUCCUUACUUGAUCGGAUACCAAAUCUUGCUGGAUUAGCAAGGACAUGUGAGGUAUCCCUUAAGUCCUUUUCUAGCUGCUGCUAAUGAAAUCAGUUAGUUUUCUGAUUAUAUAGUAGUUCUAUGCUUUAGUCAACUAUUGUUCUCUUGAUUUGUCAUUUUUCUUGUAGAUAUUCAAAGCAUCUGGACUAGUCAUUGCAGACGCAUGCGUCUUACGUGACAAGCAAUUUCAACUGAUAAGGUUCUCAUUCCGUGCAACUCUACUAUUUUGUUCUUUACACACAUGCAGUACACAUAGGUCAGUACACAUAGGUUAGACUUGUAUAGUGGAUACAGUUUCAAAUUUACUAUUAGGGCAUGGAUUAUCUUCUCAUGCAUGAUAUGUUGAAAUGAGGAAAAUAACAGUAUCUGUGUUCCCCAUUUUCCAGAUUUUGCCUUGCAUAGCUAUGUUAGACUCUUCUCUAGUUGAUGACUUUCUACCAUGUCGUUUAUCCAUUGAUUUUGAUUGUAUUCUUGUUUUCCAGUGUGACAGCAGAGAAAUGGGUUCCUAUAAUGGAAGUCCCAAUACACAGCGUGAAACAAUUCCUUGAAAAAAAGAAGCGAGAAGGCUUCUCUGUGCUGGGAUUAGAGCAAACUGCGAAUAGUGUGCCCCUUGAUCAAUAUACAUUCCCUAAAAAGACAGUAAGUCAUAUUUGAACUUGGUCACAUGCUUCAGUAUCCAAAAAAAAAAAUGCUUAUAGAGGCACCAUCAUGAUAUCACUACACACAUUUGAGAAAGUUGUUUGAAAAUUAUGCCUUAAUGCAUUGCUGAUGUCUCAAUGUGUUAUUAGGUCCUUGUCCUUGGACGUGAAAAGGAAGGUAUACCCGUGGAUAUUAUUCAUGUACUAGAUGCUUGUAUAGAGAUCCCGCAGUUGGGAGUGGUUAGAUCACUCAACGUUCAUGUCAGUGGUGCUAUUGCUCUGUGGGAGUAUACUCGACAACAAAGAUCUUGAUAGUUGUCAACCCUCCGCUGCAACUCGUGCCAUGUUUACUACCUGCAUAAAAGAACAGGAAAAGCAGAGAUAUGUCUUAGAUCUAAUUUCACAGAACAGAAUGCCCUCACUGAAAUCAGUUAGUUACCUGUGGGAUUCAUUAUUUAGCAUGAUGUUUGUAAAACCUUUUGCUCUUCAUUAUCAAGGAAAUGUUCUACACUAGUGUGUCUUCUUAUUCAUUUUGGUCAUGUUUUGGAUCUCUGUUAUGCUCAUUUACUUGUUUCGGUUUUCACAAUUCCAAUUCGAAAUCACAUACAUAUGGGGGAAGGAGAGACGAUUUUUAUCUACUUGAGUCCAAAGCAGUUAGAAAAUGAGAAAGGGAUGAAUUUUGAGCUACAUCUGCAUGAGCCCUAAGUGGUUAGAAAACAACGAUGACAUGCAUGUUCCAUACUCACAGGUAAAGUGGGUUGGUUGCUAGUUUGCAAGUUGGCAUCUCCUCAGUAGCUAAAAAUACAGUAUGUGCUAUGAUCUCUAAAUUGGUAUUGUAGUGCCAAUAACAGAUCGAAAACUUGUGUCGUCGCAAAUGAACUGUUCCUUCUCCAUGGCUUCCAUUCCUGUAUUUGUUUCCUUCAUGUAUCUGAUGUUCAGCCUAUGCAUAGUGGAUGCUAGAGUUUUCAUGAUACUAAUGGAAGAUGAGCCUGUUUUCUCUGUCAAAUCCAAUACUACAAAUCUCAGGGUUGAGGAGGCGACCAGAGCAUACAAAGAGCGGCUGAUGAUUAGCCAUGACAUAUUCUUGGAGUCUAUCCUGAAGCACAAUUACACAAAGCUCUAUAGCUAUACUCAUUUGCUGAAUGGAUUUGCAGUUAAUGUUGAGUCAGAUGAGGCCCUCAGUGCGCUCAAGAGAGCAACAGGAGUCAGAGCUGUCCACGAAGACGUCAAAAUGCAGAAGCUAACAACACACACACCUUCCUUUCUGGGGAUACCUACUGGUGUUUGGCCAGCUUUAGGUGGUGCAGAUAGUUCUGGUGAUGGGGUUGUCAUCGGCUUGAUUGAUACUGGUAUAAAUCCUUUGCAUCCGAGUUUUAGGACAGGCUUGCCCUCAAGGUUUAACAAGACCACAAAAUUCAAAGGGAAAUGUGCCACUGGACUGCAGUUUCCUUCCACAUCAUGCAAUGGGAAAAUAAUAGGGGCACAAUAUUUCGCUCGAGCUGCAAUUGCUGCUGGUGAUUUCAAUGCUACCCGUGAUUUUGUAUCUCCCUUCGAUGCUGAUGGCCACGGAAGCCACACAGCUUCAACAGCUGCUGGCAACCAUCAGAUACCUGUGAUGGCCAAUGACUUCAACUAUGGAUAUGCAAGUGGUAUGGCUCCCGGUGCUAGGAUUGCUGUAUACAAAGCUCUAUAUACAUUUGGCGGUUACAUGUCAGAUGUUGUCGCUGCAGUUGAUCAGGCAGUGGAAGAUGGAGUUGACAUAUUAAGCCUUUCCAUAGGGCCGUCAAGUGUCCCUCCCGGUCCUUCUGCUUUCCUCAAUGUCUUAGAAAUGGAACUUCUGUUUGCUACAAGAGCCGGCAUCUUUGUGGUUCAAGCAGCAGGCAAUGGUGGUCCUUCUUCUAGUUCAAUCCUUUCUUUCAGCCCAUGGAUCACCACCGUUGCUGCAUCCAUCACCGAUCGUAGAUACAACAACAGCAUUAUUUUAGGAAACGGACUGAGCUUUUCCGGCACUGGCCUUGCUCCGCCAACAGCAGGAACAUUGUCCGUCCCAAUAGCAGCUGCAGCUGACGUGUCUCAGAGGAACACCACCAGUGUCCUGGAGGUUGAAAGCUGCCAACAUCCAGAACACUUCAUCCCGUCGCUGGCUCAUCAGAAGCUCAUCAUCUGUACGUAUAACUUCGAUUUCGAGAACGAGGCUGCAAGCAUUGCUACUGUGGCAGAUACGAUACAGAAGGUAGGGGCUUCUGGUUUCAUAAUCACAAUGGACCCUGCCAUGGGGUCAGAGCAAGUGAAAGGUACCACAAUGACCUUGAAGAUUCCUGCCAUUAUCCUCAACAACAUGCAAGCUUCAACGGCUUUGUGGGAGUAUUAUAACUCAAAUACGAAAAGAGGGGCCAAUGGCGAAGCGACAGUGUUUACUGCAUCGGCAAGGAUAAUGGGCGGAAGACAAGCAUUCUACACCGCGCAGGCGCCUGUUGUGGCGUCCUAUUCAUCUAGAGGCCCUGAUGUUAACAAUGCGCUAUUGCAGACUGCUGAUGUCCUCAAGCCAAACAUUAUGGCUCCAGGAUCUUCGAUUUGGGCUGCAUGGAGCCCCAACAGUGAAGGUGACCCUUACAUAAAAGGGCAAAACUUCGCGCUAGUAUCAGGCACAAGCAUGGCCACACCACACAUUGCUGGAGUUGCAGCUCUCAUCAAGCACAAACACCCCAAGUGGAGCCCUGCAGCCAUCACAUCUGCAAUGAUGACGACUGCCGACAGAAGCGACCUCUCCGGCUCCCCUAUCCUUGCACAAUCAGCCAACCAGCUAGGUCCGGCCACUCCCUUCGAUCACGGAUCUGGGUCAGUGAACCCAGCACGAGCCAUCGACCCCGGGCUUGUCUUCAAUGCCGACUUUGAUCACUAUGUCCAGUUCCUCUGCUCUGUUCCAGGAGUAGACGAUGACUCGGUGAGGCGAGCAGUGGGGACUGGUUGCCCACCGAGGCGGCAGUCAUGGUGCUCGGACUUGAACACACCUAGCGUGACCAUCUCCAACCUCGUCGGGUCGAGGAAAGUGAUCAGGACAGUGACCAACGUGAGCGGGAUGGACGAGUUCUACAGGGUGACCGUGAGGAAGCCAGCAGGGGUCAACAUCACUGUUAGGCCGCGGUUCUUCGUUGUUAGGGGCCACAACUCGAGGCGGCUCAGGAUCGUGUUGUUCGCCACUAAUGUGACGAGGGCUUACUCGUUUGGGGAGAUGGUGCUGCAUGGGAGCAGGAGGCAUGUCGUUAGAAUUCCUAUUGCUGUUUAUGUUAGCACUUUGUUGCCGAGCUAGAGAGAGACAGAGGAGUCUCUGGUUACACUUUUAGCUUAACUUUGAGGUUCUGUCCUCUUUUUUGGGUUUUUUUUUUUAUGACUUUCGAGUUUUCUUUAUUGGCUAGUUAACUUUUGGUGGCAAAGUAUUGGCUCUCUUGUCAAGAAUUAUGCAGCACUGGAAAAUGUUUCGAUGAAUUUUUUUAAGGGGUAAGUGGCUAAAUGCAUAUUAGUGACUGAGUUGAAGUUUGGAGGAGCUAUAAUCUCCUCAAUUUUGGAGUAUAGGUAAAAUAAUAUGUAACUUUCGUAAAUCAAUUUAGAAAAUAUUU